AUGUGGAAAAUGCGCGGCGGCCUUGCCUUGAAGAGUCAGAGCGUCGAUGCGUUGCACGUGUGCGCGCUCCUCGCGAUUUCCCUCCCCUUCGUCGUCACGAUCAAGCAACGAGGAGAGAAAGAGAAGCCCUCCGCGAAGCUGCUAGCAAAGAGCCAUGGCUAUGGCGGCGGAAUAUCCCGCGGCAUAUUCCGCCGGCAACUCGACGCGGCCAGGGCGCCAUGGAAGGGGAAGAGAUCCACGCGUAUGUUCUUCGAGGAUGUGGCGCGGCUGUUGCGAUCGUGCACAGCGCUCGAUCAAGCGCGCCGGAUUCAAAGGAUCGUUGCGGCCGUGGAGCCCGGGAAUAUGUUUCUGGGCAAUCUCGUGGUGCGAAUGUAUGGGCGGUGUGGGAGCCCGGAGGAGGCGCGGCGGGCGUUCGAGGGCAUCGCGCGCCGCAAUGCCUUCUCCUGGGGCAUUUUGAUGGCAGCGUAUGCGCAGAAUGGGCAAUUGCGAGAAUCCGAGGCUGUGUUUCACAGGAUGCCGGAGAGGGAUGUGAUCGCUUGGAAUUCGAUGAUCACGGGAUACUCUCAGAAUGGGCAUAUUGACGAAGCGCAAGAAAUCUUUCACAGGGCUCCUUCUCGCGACAUCGUGACUUGGAACACCAUCGCGGCGGCGCUCGCGCAGCUCGGAUCCAGCGCCCAAUCGCGCGAAUUCUUCGAUGCGAUGCCAGAGAGGAACGAAAUCUCCUGGUCGUGUACCAUCCAAUCCAUCGCCCAGGCCGGGAAUUCGCACGACGCGCGCGCGCUGCUCGAUCGAAUGCCGUGGUGGAGCGUCUUCGCCCUAAACGCCCUAAUCGCCGCGAGCGCCACUGGCAGCGACGAAGCACAGGAGCUCUUCGAUGAAAUGCCGUACCGGGACGUCGCCACGUGGACGGCCCUGAUGGACGCGUACGCGCGCGCCGGCCUUCUCCGCCAUUCGCGCCGCGUGUUCGCGGAGAUGCCCGUACGGAACGUCUUCUCCUGGACCGUGCUCAUCGUGGCCGUUGCGCGGGGCGGGAUCGACGGUGGCCCGCGAGUCGAGGAAUCGCUAUCUCUCUUUGACAGGAUGCCUGCCAGGAAUCUGGUCGCGUGGAACGCCACAAUCGCGGCAUUUGGGGAAUAUGCGUCGCAUCUGUCGGGCGCGUGGAGCAUCUUCGUUUCCAUACCCGCCCGCGAUGCCGCCACGUGGAACUCCCUGGUCCGUGGGUUUGGGCAUUCCGGGGAGAUCGCGCGCGCCGAGGAGAUUCUCUCCAAGAUGCCCCACCACGGCCUCGUCGCGUGGAACUCGAUGCUUGUAGCAUAUGCCCACUCCGGGCAUCUUGAAAAGGCAUGCUUGCUUUUUGGCGCCAUGCCGGUCAGGGAUCGAUUCUCGUGGUCGGCGGCUCUAAGCUGGGAUUACCGGCGCUUUUGGGAAAUGGGCCUCGAGGGAAUCGAACCCGACCCGGUGUGUGUGACGAGCUUGCUAGCUUCGCUCAAGGACGCUGGAGAUUUACAAAGUUCUAGAGAUUGGUUUGUGAGAAUACUCCCGGACUUUGGAAUCCAAUUGACAAAGGAUCACUUCUACUGCAUCGCGGAUGGUUUGGCAAAGUCUGGAGAGCUGAGUUUUGCGAUCGAGUUUCUUGCGGGAGUCCCGUUUGAUCCGGAUGUUAUAGCUUGGACCACCAUUCUUAGCUCCUGUGUGGAGUUUAGCGAUGCUAGCCGUGGAGCUCACGCGGCCGAGCGAGUACUGCGUGACCAACUUGGCAAUUCGAAGAACUAUGGCGGCGCCGGUGCUUUCAUCUCCUUGGCAAACACUUACUCCAUGAUGGUGAGCUUUGAUCCUCCAUAA